AUGGAAUACCAAAAUUACACCAACUCGACGUCGGAGAAGAUCUGCCCGCAGGCCUCGACUUUGUUGAAAUGCAUCAAAAUAGUCGCUUACUCGUCGAUCAUGUUAACUUCGCUGCUUGGAAACUUAGCUGUAAUUGCAAUCGUGUCAAAAAACAAAAGGAUGCGGACGACAACGAAUUACCUGAUCGCGAACAUGGCCGCUUCUGAUCUAUUAAUCUCUGCCUUCGCAGUACCACGAGAACUCGCGCAAAUUUUUGCUGGUUCAAAGAUAUGGCUUCUCGAUGGCUUAGCAGGUUCAAUAUCAUGUAAGCUGGUCUACUUUCUCCAAGACAUUUCAACGGCAGUAUCUAUACAAAGCCUGGUAGCCAUAGCAGUUGACAGAUAUCAGGGAGUCGUCUUUCCAUUCCGUCCUCCAGUUAUUACAUCCAAGGUCUGUAAGGUAAUAAUUGUGGUUAUUUGGAUGGUGGCAAUGGGUCUACACGGAACUUAUUUCUAUACCGCGCGGCUGGUAAAGACAGGCCAAAAGUGGUCUUGCACUUUUUGCUGGGCACCGAAGUUUGAAGAGCAUACACAAGAACGAUACUUUCUUUUCGUUUCCAUCUUUUUAAUUUUCUUUCCCCUAAUUGUGAUUCUAACUUUAUAUGCACUGAUAGUUAUAGAACUAAAGAAAAAAGAUCCUACUGAAAAUGGAACAUCAAGAAUAAGGCGACAGAGGCAGAAAGAAAACAGAGCCAUUGUCAACAAGAUAUUGAUCAUUGUCUUUCUGUUCAUCUUGUGCAUUUUUCCAAUAACUAUUUUAGGACUUGUUCAUUAUUUUUUGUGGGAUGGGCUAGCGACAUGUGCAACGAGAAAACUAUUUAAAGCCGCGAAAUUCUUGUUUUAUUCAAAUGCUUCUUUAAACCCGUGGGUUUAUAUAAUAUUAAAUGAAAGGUAUCGGAAAGGAUUAAAAGUUUUAGUUAACUGUCUUUUACCCAAACAGCGUCACAGAGGUGAAAUAGAGAUGAAAGGAAUGUCUUGUAACCGAUAA